AUGGCUCCAGCAACUACAAAUACAAGUCCUCCAGGGGAGCAGCGGUCAGCUCCGACUGCAGCAGGCGUCGCUACACCUAAUCUCAGGGACAAGCUCCCCAAGCUCGAGCCGCGCAAGCGACGAGCACCUCCAUCGAACCCAACCCCAUUGCCAGAGACCCCUGCGCUUCCGCCUCCGCCGGCAGACCCGUCACAACUCAGCUUCAAGGUUCCUACAAGAAGGAUAUUAUCAAAAGAAGACCACGAUUUAUUCCUGGCUUCACCAGCCCAUGACCUCAUACAAGCCUGGGUGUUUGGCCUCUCAGACGCCGUUGCAGACACGCCAAUAUCGGCUGUCGAGGACGCCGAGCUCAGCACGCCUAUAAAGACCAUCCUCAAGAUAUUGGACCAAGCCGAGGAACUUGUUAGGCUGUCACCGCCAGACGACCAAGGAGGCUCCAGAUUUGGCAAUAAAAGAUUUCGCGACUUCCUCGAUAAGGCGAAGGAGGAGGCGCCAUCAUGGCAUCGAGGACUGGGCCUGAAGAACAACGAUGCGAUCGCGGAGACGUCCACUUAUCUGAAUCAGUCGUUCGGAAAUAGAACCAGAAUCGACUAUGGCUCUGGCCACGAGCUCAACUUCAUGAUCUGGCUAUUAUGUCUAUACCAACUACAGGUCAUCACAAAGUCGGACUUCAAGGCUGUCGUCCUCAAGGUCUUCACCCGGUACCUUGAGGUUAUGCGGGUUAUACAGGAGACAUACUACCUCGAGCCAGCGGGCUCUCAUGGGGUCUGGGGCCUAGAUGACUACCAAUUUCUCCCAUUCCUAUUUGGCGCAUCUCAACUGUUGCAUCAUCCUUUCAUCACGCCUCGCGCCAUCCAUCAAGAACUCACACUUGAGGAAUUUGGCCACGACUUCCUCUAUCUCAAUCAGAUCAACUUCGUGAAUAGCACAAAGACCGUCAAAGGGCUCCGCUGGCACAGUCCCAUGCUGGACGACAUCUCCUCCGCGAAGUCGUGGGAGAAGGUCGAGGGUGGCAUGCGGAGGAUGUUCGUGGCCGAGGUGCUCCGCAAGCUUCCCGUGAUGCAGCAUUUCCUAUUUGGCUCACUCGUCCCCGCAGCCGAUGGGAUGAGCGAGCAGGACGCGGCGGGCGUUGCAGAUGAGGAAGAUGAGGGCGAAGGUGGCGAGAUCAACGUCUUUGAGGAGAACGGCGUGCGGCAUGUUCAUCAACAGAGUGGCUGGGGUGAAUGCUGUGGUAUCAAGGUCCCAAGCGGCGUAGCUGCGGGGAUGGAAGCCAAGAAGAGAGGCGAAACGCUGCGCAGGAUCCCCUUUGAUUGA